GCCCGCCGGGGUGGUGCCUGAGGUGUCGGCAGCUCCCCGCUUCUUCCUGCGGGGCCGCUCCGCUCCGCCCCGCCCUCCCCGAGAUGGCGGCCCUGGCUGUAAACAAGGCCGGGGCGGAGGGUGGCCGCGGGCCUGGCGGUGGCGGUCGCGGCCCGGCGGGCGCCGCAGUGAAGGUUCUUGAGUGUGGGGUCUGUGAAGAUGUAUUUUCUCUGCAAGGAGACAAAGUUCCCCGGCUGCUUUUGUGUGGCCAUACUGUCUGCCAUGACUGUCUUACCCGGCUUCCCCUUCAUGGCAAAGCAGUUCGUUGUCCUUUUGACCGACAAGUUACUGAACUAGGAGAUUCUGGUGUCUGGGGAUUGAAAAAGAACUUUGCUUUGUUGGAACUCUUGGAACGGUUGCAGAAUGGACCUGCUGGGCAGUAUGGGACAGCUGAAGAAGGCAUUGGUCUAUCUGGAGAGAGUAUCAUUCGUUGCGAUGAAGAUGAAGCCCAUGUUGCAUCUGUGUAUUGCACUGUUUGUGCCACUCACCUGUGUGCAGACUGCUCGCAGCUUACUCAUUCUACUAAGACUCUGGCGAAGCACAGGCGUGUACCUCUAGCUGAUAAGCCUCAUGAGAAGACGAUGUGCUCCCAACACCAAGUGCAUGCCAUUGAGUUUGUUUGUUUAGAAGAAGGUUGUCAGGCGAGUCCUCUCAUGUGUUGUGUCUGCAAAGAAUAUGGGAAGCAUCAAGGUCACAAGCAUUCUGUCUUGGAACCAGAAGCAAACCAGAUUCGUGCAUCCAUUUUAGACAUGGCUCACUGUAUCAGAACUUUCACAGAAGAAAUCUCGGAUUAUUCCAGAAAAUUAGUUGGAAUUGUUCAGCAUAUAGAAGGAGGAGAACAAAUUGUUGAAGAUGGAGUUGGAAUGGCCCAUACUGAACAUGUACCAGGAACUGCAGAGAAUGCUCGCUCAUGUGUCAGAGCCUAUUUUUCUGAUCUUCAUGAAACCCUUUGUCGUCAGGAAGAAAUGGCUCUUAGCGUUGUUGAUGCUCAUGUGAGAGAGAAGUUGAUUUGGCUUAGGCAACAGCAAGAAGAUAUGACCAUUCUCCUGUCACAGGUUUCAACAGCUUGCCUUCACUGUGAAAAGACUUUGCAACAGGACGACUGCAGAGUAGUGUUGGCCAAACAGGAAAUUACAAGAUUGCUAGAGACAUUACAGAAACAGCAGCAGCAGUUUACAGAACUUGCAGAUCAUGUACAGCUGGAUGCUAGCAUACCUGUCACUUUUACAAAGGACAACAGGGUACAUAUUGGACCAAAAAUGGAAAUUCGGGUUGUUACUUUAGGAUUAGAUGGAGCUGGCAAAACAACUAUUUUGUUUAAGUUAAAGCAAGAUGAAUUCAUGCAGCCAAUUCCAACCAUAGGUUUUAACGUUGAAACAGUAGAAUACAAGAAUUUAAAGUUUACUAUAUGGGAUGUAGGAGGAAAGCACAAAUUGAGGCCUUUGUGGAAACAUUAUUAUCUCAAUACGCAAGCGGUGGUGUUUGUGGUUGAUAGCAGCCACAGAGACAGGGUCAGUGAAGCGUACAGUGAACUUGCAAAAUUAUUAACAGAGAAGGAAUUGCGGGAUGCCUUGCUCUUGAUCUUUGCUAAUAAACAGGAUGUAGCAGGUGCUCUUCCAGUGGAAGAAAUCACAGAACUGUUGAGUCUCCACAAACUCUGCUGUGGCCGUAGCUGGUAUAUUCAGGGUUGUGAUGCCCGAAGUGGUACAGGACUUUAUGAAGGUUUGGACUGGCUUUCAAGGCAGCUAGUGGCUGCUGGUGUCUUGGAUGUGGCUUAACUUGACAUCAGCUGCAAUUUGAUGUUGUAGUUCAUGGUUUUGUUUUGUUUGCACGAUUUAGAGUGUUGGCACCAGGUCUGCUCCCUGAAGAGGGGACUUCAUUUAAGUUGGUGGUUACAAAAAAAUAUAACCUUUCAUCCUAGAUUGGGUAAUUGGUUCAGUAAACUUGUGUCAUUAUAGUGAUUUUGAAAGUUGAUACAUCUACAUUUAGUGGAUAAUGGAAGAGUGUUACAAGGAUGCCUUGAAAUUACUUCUGAGAUAUUGUUAAAAUUUAAUUUUUUCCCUGAUAAAAUACGCAUUGGAUUUCAUGUAAUAGAUAUAAUGCAGUUACAGUAGUUAAUUAGUAUUAUAAGAAUUCUGAGUAGUUUAGAAAUACUUUCCCAUGAAGCUAUUCCAACAUCCAUCUCAAGUUUAUUAGAAUAGCCAGCUCUAUAAGUUAGAGAUAAGUGGUGCUACUCUUUAAUAUCAAAAGAAUCCAUUAAUACAAAGGUGGCAUUGAAACUUACAUGCAGCUACACCAUGCAAAGAAAAUGUUUCCCUUAUUAUUUAUUAACCUCCUUGUUUGUUACAGGAAGGCAGCAUAACUGCACAAAGGAAAUUCAGAAUUGGAGAAAAGUAUUGCAGAGCUAAGGGGCUUUGGCAUUACUUAGCCACUUGUUUUAUAUCUUGGGGCAGGGGUUAGUUGGGUUUUUCACACUGAAUUAUUUAUGGACAUACUAUGGUGAUACUGAGGUGAAAGUGUUUUGUGCAUACUUGGGAACAUAAUCUGUUUUUAGAGAUUAAGUUUAUUCCUGAAGAAGUCAAAAUAAAUUUAAAAAAACCAACUUCUUAAAGAAGUACAGUGGUGUAAUGUCAGUCCAGCUAUGUGCUUUUAUGUAGAAGUCAUGAUUCCAGAAUAAGGGAGUGGCCUUAAAAUAUUCAAUAACACAAUGUAAAACCAGUGAACACUAAUUGUAAGUCUUUAGAAGAGUAGAUGGUAAAAUGUGAUAUAAAUCUUCUAUAAUUAGAUUUUCAGUUUUUACUGUAUCUUCUACAUGAAAUUGUCACCAAUGCCUCUAUUUUUGAAGAUUACUGAUUCACAAACCCAUGAAAUAUGGGUGUAGUGCUGUUUAAAUUUAGAGAAGGUUGCAAUGACCCAGUGAUAUCGUUUUUUCAGCUGGACAUGCAACUUCGUGAACAAUUUUAUCUGUCUGGUAUGCACACCAGAAUCUUCUUCCCUUUUCUCUAAGUCCAUGGCCACUGCCAGUUGAAGCAGCUAUGCCACAGACUCUCUUCCUGUUGGUAGAGAAGCUACAACGACUCUGAGCAGUAGAUCAAAAUUCUGUGUCAUAACUUUUCUUACUGGAGUAGAGGUGAGUCAGGAGAACUAGAUAGUGCAAGUGAACAGUGUUUUUUCACAGACAUGGAGAUAUUUUUGCCAUGCUGAAAAGUGUUUACAUGUGAGACCUCUGAACCUCGCCUAGUAAAGAAAGUGUUUUCCAUUGUCUGUGGCUUUGCUUUCAUUGUAUUAUUAGAAAUUUUAUGUUAUUUUCCUGCUACAUACCUUAGGUAAAGCCAAGAAUGUGUAAACGAAUAAUUUAGUACAUUUGCACUUUUCUUCUAGAGGAAGCAGUUAAUGUAACUACUUCCUUAUUACGACACUUGUAGUAUUCUUCUUACUUAAAUUUCAGGUAAAUUAUGUUAAAUGCAGCUUCAGAUUCAGCAAGUCUAAUGACAUGAAUAAUACCUGAAGGAACACUAAGCUUUAAAGUAGUUUAAUGUUUGUGAAGUGGUCUUCAGUGCCUACACAUGUACAGGUACUGAGACAGAGUAUUUAGUCUUUAUUUAGACAAGGUGAUAAAAUUGGAAACAGUUUAUAAUGGAGUGAAAAGUGGGGUUUUUGCACAUACCAAACUUAAAAUUGUUCUUCCUUCCCAGCCUGUAACUUCUUGCACAGUACACAGAUGGUGGCUGUGAUUUGAGCAUCUGCUUAGCCUGUGCUGCAGAGCAACCCCUGACCUAGUUAGGGCUGACUGUCCCUUCACAGCUCUUUUUGAAAUAUGAGCAAGUUCUGCUAAGUAUGGUAGAUAUCUUUUCCUGUAAUAUUUUUAACAGAAGACAUGCAUUCUUUAGAGGAAUCUUGAUUUAGUUUCAUUUUAGCUGGCUUAGGCUUCAGUUACACAUGCUGCUCAGUAUAGUUCUAAUUCAAAAUGUUCAAGGUGACUAGUUGGUAUUUUAAAUAACAUUAAAUUUGAGAGGAGAGGAAAAAUUCUCACUCAUGCAUAUUUUCAAGUACAAGUGAUUGCUUGUGACACAUGGAAUGCUACCAUGAAAGUGUUUUUAAAUUGAAUUUAUUUAAGAUGACUUGAAGUAAAUGUGAAAGUGUUGCAUAUGUCUGUGAACUCUUCAGUGUAGAGUACACUAAGAGGUUUAUUCGUAUUAUACAUUAAUACAACAUAUAAAUGGCUUUAGUUAUAAAUUUAAGCUUGUUUCAUCAGUUUUACUGAACUUUAGUUUUUAGUGUACUGACUUAUGGAAUAUGUAAUUGGAAUAUUUCUUGAACUAGAACUCACUAAAGCAUUGCUGACUGUUUAGAAAGACUGAAUUAACUUUUCAAAGGAUCUUGAUGUAAUUUCAAAACUGAGUAAAUGCAACAUACAGUGACUGUGUUGUAGCUUUCUUUAAAGAACCUAAUUUCAAAAAUAGUAUGUCUGUGCUAACUGAACAGUCAUGUUUUAUCACUGUUUCUGUAUUCUAUCUUCAAAAUUACCAUGGACUAUGAGGGUCUGGUUCUGAGAGUGUUGAGUAGAUGUGGAUCUUACGUAAAGAUUUCUUUAAAGAAAGAGCUCUUUUAGUAGAAGAAAUUAGUGAACUGCUGCAAUUUGCAUUGCUCAGAAAAUAAUGUCUUUUCAAUAAAAUAUGUAAAACCUUGAGAACUAA